AUGUUCCCACAAUUUAAGCUCUUUUCGAGAGCGGCAUCACGUAUUUCACCUGUGAAACUACAGUACAAGAACAUGCUCAAAACCCCAUCCACUAAAUACCCACCACCAAAACAAAUCAAAUUGGACAAUCGUGAAUGGCCAAGCAAAGUAGUGACAAAGGCUCCAAGGUGGUUAUCUACUGAUUUGCGUGACGGUAAUCAGUCUUUACCUGAUCCAAUGUCAAUACUGGAAAAGAAAGAAUAUUUUCAUAAAUUGAUUGAUACUGGAUUUAAGGAAAUUGAAGUGAGUUUCCCUCUGGCUUCACAAACAGAUUUUGAUUUCACUCGGUAUGCAGUUGAGAAUGCACCUGAAGAUGUUGCUAUUCAAGUUUUGACUCAAUCUAGGGAGCCAUUAGUUAGAAGAACUGUUGAAUCGGUUAAGGGUGCAAAAAAGGCCAUUAUUCAUAUUUAUUUAGCUACUUCAGAUGUGUUUAGAGAAGUCGUAUUUGGUAUGUCGCAAGAAGAUGCUAUUGCCAAAGCGGUUGAAACUACUAAAUUAGUCAAGAGUUUAACCAAGGAUGAUCCAGCAAUGAGUGAAACUGAAUGGAAUUUGGAAUUUUCACCAGAAUGUUUUUCUGAUACUCCAGUUGAAUUUGCGGUGGCAAUUUGUGAAGCUGUGAAACAAGCAUGGGAGCCAAGUGUUGAACACCCGAUGAUUUUCAAUUUACCGGCAACGGUUGAAGUUGCUGGACCUAACGUGUAUGCUGAUCAAAUUGAGUAUUUCUGUAAACACAUCACUGAACGUGAAAAAGUGGUUGUUUCCGUCCAUUGUCACAAUGAUCGUGGUUGUGGUGUUGCAGCUACUGAAUUGGGUUUGCUCGCCGGAGCUGAUCGUGUUGAAGGAUGUAUUUUCGGAAAUGGUGAACGUACUGGGAAUGUUGAUUUAGUCACGGUUGCAUUAAACUUGUACACACAAGGUAUUGCUCCCAAUUUGGACUUUUCUGACUUGCAAAGUUUAAUUGAUGUUAGUGAACGUUGUAACAAGAUCAAAGUUCCUGAAAGAGCACCAUAUAGUGGUUCACUUGUUGUUUGUGCAUUUAGUGGAUCACAUCAAGAUGCCAUAAAGAAGGGAUUCAGCUAUGAACGUAAUGAUGGACAAUGGGCAGUGCCAUAUUUACCGUUGGACCCUAAGGAUAUUGGAAGAACUUAUGAAGCUGUCAUUAGAGUUAACUCACAAUCAGGCAAAGGUGGAAGUGCCUGGGUGAUUUUAAGAUCAUUGGGUUUGGAUUUACCUAGACAUUUACAAGUGGCAUUUUCAUCAAUUGUUCAAAUUAAAGCUGAUCAAUUAGGGAGAGAAUUGCAAAUCAAUGAAAUUGUUGAUGUUUUUGAAAAAGAGUACCUUGUUCAAACACCAUUAUCCAUUGUUGAUUUUGAAAUUACAAAGAGCAAGAAUGAUAGCCGGGAGAUUUUCGUUCAGUUGAAUGAUUCCAUCAAUGGACAAGAGAUUGUGAUGAAGGGAGAAGGCAAUGGGCCAAUUUCAUCAUUUAUUGAUGCCAUUGGUAAGAAAUUCGGCACAUUGUUUGAAGUUGUAACGUAUCAAGAGCAUUCCUUAGGUACUGGAUCAGCUUCUAAAGCUGCUACAUAUGUUCAAUUGAGCUAUUUGAAUGAUGGUGGAGAAAAAGUGUCUAGAUGGGGUUGUGGAAUCAAUCAUGAUGUUAGCCAAGCUUCAAUGGAUGCAAUUUUGAGUGUGGUUAAUUCAUUAAUCAAUGAGGGUAAAAUUCAAGUACCAAGGUGA